AAAAUCUAACAUUCAAUCACAUCACAUAAAUGUAUGAUCAACUUUACUCAACAACUUUUUUUAAUACUUAAACAAAUUAUAUUUGUAAGUAUGGAACAAAUUGAAAAUUCAUUAGCCAAUCUUACUAUUAAAGAUUGUGACAAAGUAACUGAGUUUUUGGAGAAAUGUAAUUUUGAAAAUUUUACUGUAGUUCCAGUUUGCUUAAAACAGAAUGCAAAGAUACUUCUUGAUUUAGUUGAAAAAAUGAGUGCUGAUGAACAAAUUCUGAUUAUAGAGUGGACUAAACACACUAAACACAAUAGUUGUAAUCAGGGAAAGGAUGUUCUUGUUAAACAUAUUACGGUUCAUGGUGGUUAUAAUCUGUAUUCUUCUAAUACGAUAUUCGUUUUUCGUAAUUCUUCAGCGCUCGCGGAUUGUAUUGAUAAUCUUCCGGACUGGGCAGGAAAUGAUAUAAAAAACAUAACUGGGGAUAUAUGUCAUGCUUAUUUAAUUUACAAGAGAGCAAAUAACUAUUAUUCCCGGACGUACGAAUUCUAAUUUUAUAUAUUCCAUAUACCGCUUUUUGAUCAGAAUUUAUUUUUGCUCUUCUUGUUGCAUUUCACAAUAUAAAAUUUUCCUUUUUUUUCAAGGCUUCAAUUUUCAUUUAAAUUCACGAAUUUAAAUAAAGAGGAGAAAAUUUUGGAUAGGCACGUAAAAAUC